AUGACACGCCUGGACACGCCAUGGACCAGUGACACGCCAUGGACCAGUGACACGCCCGGACACGUCAUGGACCAGAGCUGUCUGUCUGUGAUAGAACCAGCCAUCAGCACCAAACACCUGUCGUACCAGAGCUUCCAGCUGUUUGGCUUCGACUUCAUGGUGGACGAGAGCUUCAAAGUCUGGCUCAUUGAGAUCAACGGGGCUCCGGCCUGUGCACAGAGGCUGUACUCAGAGCUCUGUCAGGGCAUCGUGGACGUGGCCAUCUCCUCCGUCUUCAGCCUGAGCAGCAGCAGCAGCGACUCAGGCUCCUCCUCUCCGUACUCUUCCUCCCCCUCCUCCACCUCCUUCAACCUGUCCACCUCCUCCUCAAACGCCUGCUCCUCGCCCAAGAUCCGGGGGCCUCUGCACGUGGGGCCCUUCACCCGCUUGUAG